AAAUAAUAUUGUAUUCGAGAAUAAUUAUUUUAAAGGCACUUAAAAUUUCUUGAUUGUAUGGACACUAUAAGAGAUAACAUACGUAAAUAUGCACUCGGCAGUCAGGAGGAUAACUAUUGCCGGUUGUGCUUUGCGAAAGCGUUUAAGCUACGGAACGUCUUUCCGUACGGUGAUGACCCAAACAAUGAACUGUAUCGUAAAGUUUGCACCCUAGCUCUGGUCAAGCUAGACCAAAAACUAGAACCAGAAUGUUGUGUUUGCUUCCGCUGUAUAACACAGCUAGAGGAGUUCGGCAAGUUCCAGCGCCAAUGUGGGGAAUACAAUCGAUUGCUGUACCAAGCUCGAGGUCAAGAUGAGCCACAGCAUCCAGUGGCGGCUAUAUCGGCUUCAAAUUUGUCUCUACUGCAAAGUGAAGGCAGUAGUGCAUCGAUUCCAAAAAAACCGGAUGUGGAUCCAUUUGAAUCGUCCGCUCAACAUUUGGAAGAGAAUGGUGUUGGAAGGAAAAUUAAACGGCGGACCAUGGCUCCGAAGCGGUAUUCUCCUACGAUUAAGAAAUCGGGACGUAAGGCUGUGAAAAAACCCAAGCAAGAAUCUGAUUCAGAAGAGAGCUUUGUAGAAGAUACAAGCGAUUCGGCUGACGAUUAUAAGCCUGCGAAAAGAAAACCUACAAUGAGCAAACGUUCGACUAAUUCUCCAGUAUCGAAAAAACGCGUACGGAGAUCGAAAAACGAAAGCAUGGAUCGGUCUUUGUCGGCAGGUUCAGAAACUGGACGAUCGAAACGCAAUCGGUCCAAGACCAAGGUGAUAACUUCAACUGACUUCAUCGUCUACAACGCUGGACAUGGAAGUAUCAACAUAAUGGCUGGUGGAUACCGUUACUACAAGUAUCGUUACUAUAAAACAGGAUCGGAGGUGCGUUACGGAUGGCAAUGCAUCGAGCAGGACUGUCCUUCUCAGUUAUAUACAAGCAGUUUUACGAAACAUAAAAUUUACUGGAGGGAUAAGUACUACGAGCAUAACCAUCCCUCGGACAAUGUGGAGGAACUAAUGUCCGCUAAAGUGGAAGAUACAGCACAAGAAGAGCACGAGGAGGAUUUCGGAGAUUACGAACUGCUUACCACCGGUCGCGGAAGGCAUACCUAUAAACUGAUGAAGUUUCCCAAUGGAAGGGAAACAGUGAUCUACGGUGACCAUCGGCAUCGGUUACUGAUCGAGCGGGCGGACGAAAUGAAAAUAUUUGGAUGCACCAGUUCGUCUUGUAAAUCGGUGGUCUACAUGUCUAAGGAUAAUGAAUUGCGAAUCUUUUGCGGUACUUUCACCAGCACCGAAGUAGCAGCUGACUCGACAUACCGAAAGACUUCUAAGGUAAUAUUGUACGAAGGCCAUCACUUCAUUUACAGCGGAAGAAGGCUUGAAAAUAGGAAGUGCUCGGUUUACCAUUGCUUCAUGCGGAAGACCCUCGAUUGUCCUUCCAUAAUCUACUGCACCAAAGAUGACACAAUCAUCACACUGCAACACCAAGUUAGACUUCCCCAUAAUCACACACCCGAUGUUGUCAAGCUUGAAGAGGGAAUGAUGGUCGUCGAGGCACAAAAGGAAGCCCUUCCGGUAGAAUCGAAGGAUUACCAUAUCGCGAAAAACACACUUAGGACCGAUUUCAUCAUAUUCGAGGGCUUACGUUACUCCAUUUCGAAUACCAGAGUCGACGGCACAAAAACCUGCCGUUGUCUAGAAGCUGAAAACUGUGCGGGGUAUAUCUUCCUGCUACCCAAUGGAACGAUCGUCAAGUACAACACCUUUAACGAACACAGCCAUCCGCUGCCCGAUACGCCCAAGAGUAUUUACGAAUUUGACUACAUCAUCGAAACGCAAGACGUGUCUUCGAAAAACAGCGAGGGUACACUCCACCGAUGGUACAAGGACUUUGAAUACAAGCGAGAUUACAAUAAAGAGCAAGGAUUUUUCUACUACCGAUGUGUAGAAAGGAACAGUGGAUGUUCAGCGGCAUUCCUUACUAACGAGGACUUUAGUUCCGUCAGAGAAACCUUCCAGCAGCAUAAUCAUCCCAGCCCGCAGAUCGAAAAGGAACAGCGUAAAAGUAUGAUAACGGUUGAUGGCACCAUGAACUACACGAUGGACACGAACGUUGAUGGUCACGAGAUAUUGAAGCACCAGGGCAAUCGGUACUGCCAUUUCUACAACCACAAGGAGGGAUGGCGCGUAUGGCGAUGCUUCGGUACUGCUCGCUGCCGGGCAACGCUUUUUCAAGAUCCUUCUGACGGCAAGGUUAACGAUGUGGAAAGAUUUGCUCAUGGCCAUAAAGAUCUCCAAAAUAGCAACGAGACUAAUGAAAGCGUUACUGUAAAGGAGGAAGAACCGGACAUGGAUUCCGAUAGCCGGGAAAGCGCGGAUUGGUUUUGAGAGAAUGUGGAAAAUGAGUUGACUAUCGAUUAUUAUUGUUAAGGUGUUUCUUUUUCCAAUUAAAUGU